AUGGAAAAUUCAACUACUUCACCAACGUUAUUAGAACCUCCGAAAACUGUACUUGAAGCACUGGGAUUGAUGACUUUCAUUUUAAUCUCAACUAUAUUAUUUCUUAUUCAACUAGUUAAUAAGCGAAAAUUGCUUUGGAACUCAUUUCCUCCAUACUGUAUUGUCAUCUUAGUUGCGCCAAUUUCCCAGUUCACUUUUCUAUUUUUCCACGCUUUUCUACCAAUAAUUCUAUCGAGUGAUGAACCAGUAGAUCACAUACUUAAUAGAUUUAUCUUCUUUUUAAUUAUGAGCAACCCAGUAUUGUAUUUACCGCCUGUCUCGUUUUCAUUUACAAUGGUCAACUCAAUUUUCUUGAACCUGAAGCCAAAAGCAAGCAAAUUUGUGUUGGGGGUCAAAAUUACAAGCGAAACAUUUUAUUAUCACUAUUCAUCUUUGUAAAGGAAAUAUUGUUGAGCUCGAUAUGAUGAAGUUUUUGCCAAUUUUAAUAAUAACCUUUUUUUGGUUGAAGAAAAUUUUAUUUUUUUUAUUAUCAAAAGGUUUAAAAUCUAGAGAAAAAGCUACACAAGUUGAAUAUGUGCAAAUGGUUCAUAUAGCCUUAUACAUACUUGUGUUCUGGUUGAUAAAUCUUCCGCAAAUUGCGCAUUCAAUUACGAGCUCUGAGCCAUAUUCUCCACGUUUACUAGGAUUUUUGGACAGCUGCAUUUUACAAUAUGUUUUUGUUUAUGCGAUGAUUAUAUCAGAAUGGGAAAUUGUGUUUGACUGCUUUCGUAAAUUGAAUUUUACUCCAAAUUGUUCCUAG